AUGGCAACAAACGUCCCAGCCACAGACCCCGCAGUGUAUGAUUCAUACCAGGCGAAAUGGUCUUCCCUUCCUGAUACCGCGGAGGCAUGGCUAGCCAGGGCGCGCGAGGUAGCUGACGUCCUUGCGCAGGAUGCAGCGCAAAGAGACCAGGAGAACAAAUCCCCGCGUGCAGAAGUUGCACUACUUAAACAUUCUGGCCUGCUGAAGCUGCUCGGACCGAAGAAGUAUGGUGGUGGAGAACAGCCGUGGAGUGUUGGAUACCAGGCUAUCCGGGAGGUUGCAAAGGCAGAUGGGUCCAUUGGGAUGCUCCUAGGCUACCACCUGCUGUGGUCCACAACGGCAAACGUCGUCGGGACACCAGAGCAGAUCGAGCGGACGCACGAGCUCAUCAUCUCCAACAACUACUUCGUCGGCGGUGCUGUGAAUCCUCGCGAUAGUGAUCUGAAGAUUACAUCCGACGGCGACCAUAUCGUCUUCAACGGGGCGAAGCACUUUAACACUGGAGGCGUUGUCUCUGACCUCACAGUACUCGAGGGUGUGCUUGACGGCACAGAAGGCCACAUAUUCGCUCUAGUCGAGACCCGGCAGGCAGGAAUCCAGUUCGCGCAUAACUGGCACAAUAUUGGCCUGCGUCUGACCGAAUCCGGCGGCGUGAAGAUCGAGAACGUCCGAGUUCCCUGGAUAGAUGCACUGGGCUGGGAUGCUUCGAGCAAGAAGCCGCGAGAGGAUAUCCUGUUAACCUCGUUCGCCGCGUUACUUCUCCCCACUAUCCAACUCGUCUUCAGCAACUUCUACCUCGGAAUCGCCAUCGGGUCUCUGGAAUUCGCAUCCAAGUACUCAACAGCCAACACCCGCCCCUGGCCAUUCGGAGGGGACAACAAGGACGCCGCAACCGACGAAUUCUACAUUCUGGAGCGUUACGGCAACUUCUUCGCACACCUGCGCGCUACAGAGUCCCUGGCCGACCGUGCGGGAGAGCAACUCUCCGCACUGUACCAGAAGUACAGCGGUAACCGACCUGCCCUAACCGCCGACGAACGAGGAGAGGUGGCCGAAUGGGUGGCCAGUGUCAAGGUCGUCACGACGGAUGUUGGGCUGCGCGUUACGUCGGGGGUGUUUGAGGUUACGGGGGCGAGGGCGACGGCGUUGAAGGUGGGAUUGGAUCGGUUCUGGAGGGAUAUCAGGACGCAUACAUUGCAUGAUCCGGUGGCGUAUAAGAAUCGCGAAUUGGGGAGGUAUGCGCUGCUGAAGGAGUAUCCGACGCCGUCGUGGUAUACAUAG